GCGAGCUCGAAAUCGCAGCACUGACGUUAGGGGGUUAGGGGGCCUUUAUUGUUGAAAGAAGAAGUCUUGACUUAGCGUGUUUUUGAGUUGAGUUGAUAUAUCAAAGUAAAUUGAGUUUAAAACCAGAGAUGGAGACAAUAUUGGAACAACAACGACGUUAUCACGAAGAAAGGGAGCGGCUGAUGGAUGCGAUGGUGAAGGAGAUGUUGCACAAAAAAGCGGGACAUCGCGAGACCAUCAAUUCGGAGCAUCGCUUGAAAAUGUUGCUGGAUCAGUUCAUGGACAGUACGAUGCAUUUGCAGGAUUUGUAUGAGGACAAGGACGGACAGAGAAAAGAAGAGGUUCAAGCACUUUCUGGCCCAAAUGAAUUCUCAGAAUUUUAUUCGCGUUUAAAGUCUAUAAAAGAAUUCUAUCGCCGACAUCCUAACGAGAUCAGCGUUCCCAUGUCCGUCGAAUUUGAGGAGUUGGCCAAGAUGAGAGAAAAUCCGACCGAAGAACUGUCCAAUCUCGUCGAGUUCACAGAUGAGGAGGGUUAUGGAAAAUACCUGGAUCUUCACGAGUGUUAUCAAAAAUUCAUCAAUCUUAAAGGGAUAGAGAAGAUAGAUUAUAUAACUUACCUGUCGACUUUUGAUCACUUAUUCGACAUUCCUAGAGAGAGAAAGAACGCAGAGUAUCAGAGGUAUGUCGAGUCCCUUUUAGGGUAUCUAACAGAAUAUCUGAACAGAAUGAGGCCUCUGCUCGAUAUAAGCACAGAGGUUGAAGAAGCCAACAAGGAUUUUCAAGCUCAGUGGGAGAAAAAUACCUUCCCUGGUUGGCCUAAAGAAACUGGAAGCGCUCUGACUCACGUAGGGGCACAUUUGGAGCUGUCUGCGUUCUCGUCGUGGGAAGAAUUAGCGUCUCUCGGUUUAGACAGAUUAAAAUCGGCUUUGAUGGCAUUAGGCCUCAAGUGCGGAGGUACUCUCGAGGAACGAGCGCAAAGACUUUUCAGUACAAAAGGUGAAGCUUCCCUAGAUCCCAACCUAUUAGCCAAGAAUCGAAAGGGGAAGUCAGCUAAGAGCAAGGAUUCCGAGAAGCAAAAGGAGAUUGCACGACUCGAAGCUCACGUAUACAAGCUCGCUGAAUUAGUGUCUAGUCAACGACUGGCUACGAAGGAAAACGUACAGAGGAAACAGGCGAGAACCGAGGGUGAAAGGGGAGACUCUGAUGCAGAAGCAAGCGCGAGCGAAUCGGAAGAAGAGGACGAUAAUGAGGUCCCGUAUAAUCCGAAGAAUUUACCUUUGGGCUGGGACGGAAAGCCCAUACCUUACUGGUUGUACAAGCUGCACGGUUUAAAUAUCAGUUACAACUGCGAGAUUUGUGGAAACUUUACUUAUAAAGGCCCGAAAGCAUUCCAGAGACACUUCGCGGAAUGGAGGCACGCGCACGGCAUGCGUUGUCUUGGCAUACCGAAUACAGCGCACUUUGCUAAUGUCACUCAGAUCGAAGACGCUCUUGCUCUGUGGGAAAAACUCAAGGCGCAGAAACAAGCCGAACGUUGGCAACCAGAGCAGGAAGAGGAAUUCGAAGAUUCGCUUGGCAAUGUAGUAAAUCGUAAAACGUAUGAAGAUCUCAAAAGGCAAGGUCUGCUCUAAAGUGUACUUCUUAGUUGGAUCUUAUUGUAAUCCUUGAUUAUUAACUGUAUCACUAAUCUUUUUAUAAUUCCACUUGUCCAUUAAAGUGAUUUCACGAGUGAAA